AUUGGCGAAACGAAACUGACGAAACCAAACGAAACCCCGAAUCAUGCCCCGAAGUGACGAUUACGUCAUAACCGGUGCACACACGUGGUGUCAUCAUGUUGUGUGUUUGUGUUGCUUGGCUGUGUUUGUGCUUGUUUCGCCGCUUUGCCAGGCUUUGCCCCCUUUCGUGCUUGAACACUUGAAACGCGCUUUAUUGCAUGUGUUUCGUUUGCUUGCCGAUCGACCGCGAUACGUUCUGUGCUUUUGGUUUUGUGGUGCUUUCGCGCCUCUGUGAAUGUGGCAGCAAUGCGUGUGACCAGCCUGUGCCUACGGAGCCCAAUUGGCCCAAUGCGCUGAGCAAUUGUGAACCAGUCAAGGACAGCAAGCGAAAGCAGCUGUGGCGGCUUUACACGCAGGAUGGGCAACUCGCAAAAAAUAAAAAUCGUUCACAAAUUAAGCUUCUGCGUCUGCGCUGCCUCAUGCGCGGCUGUGCGUUUUUGAAACCGGCUUUUAGCUACGUUUAGUAGAACCGCAGCUGUCGGGGCAUGUAUUCGGCUUUGCCUUUUUAGCGUCUUCCGCUUGUGAUGGAGUGCGGCACACUUUACUUGAUUUGACUCUGUUGUGCUCUUAGCGGAGUCGAGACGUACGUAUUACUACGCGCUUUUAAGUGAAACUACUUCGUAAUAUCGAGCGAAAAUGGAAGAAGGUAGCAGAGAACCGACUCAUGGACGAUUGCAACGCAUUCUGGGAUGGCUGUCGAUACCUGCGAGGCAUGUUUUUGUCCUCCUGGGCUUUUUAGCCCUCGUGAAUGUCUACACUCUAAGAGUGAGCCUUAGCGUGGCCAUCGUGGCGAUGGUGAAGCAUCCUGCUGAUGCGGUGACCCCUACAAACGGAACAAGCUUCGUCAAUUACACCCAGUGCCAACCAGAGGAUUAUGGUCGUUUAAGCACUUCUGGUGCUUUAGCAGAGCAGCAUCCUGGUCAGGCAGAGCGCUUUGACUGGGACGCUCAGGUGCAAGGCCUGGUGCUGGGCUCCUUCUUCUACGGCUACAUAUUGACAGUGUUGCCCGGAGGUGUGCUGGCAGAGCAGUUCGGGCCAAAGUGGCUCAUUGGCCUCGGUGUCGUCAUCACCAGCCUGCUGUCGAUGGUGCUGCCAGCAGCCGCGCAUGCGCACUACAUAAUAGUGGUUGUUAUCCGCAUACUUCAGGGUCUUGCAGAGGGGCUUGUAUUCCCUGCCAUGCACACCAUGAUUGCGUUGUGGACGCCAAUCACAUCUCGGAGCCGCGUUGUCUCGAUCGUCCAAUCCGGUUCUGAUGUUGGUGCUGUGGUUGCGAUGAUGGCAUCUGGUGUCCUAGCUGAAUCAACAUUUCUCGGUGGAUGGCCUUCCAUUUUUUAUGUCUUUGGUUUUGCAGGUAUUGUCUGGUUCGUAGCCUGGAGUUUACUAGCAUUUGACACACCCAGCCAGCACCCCAGAAUCUCAAGUGAAGAACUGGAGUUCAUAAUUGCGAACCAGGGAAAUGAACAGGCACAACUGAAGCGAAAGGUUCCGUGGCUCAAGGUAUUGCUGUCCAUCCCUGUUUGGUCCAGUGUCCUCUCCCACUUUGGUUUCAACUGGAUUCACUACAUCUUUCUCUCUGAAAUGCCCACGUACCUGACGUCCGUGCUGCAUUACAGCCUCGGAGCAAAUGGAAUGCUUUCUUCCGUCCCAUACGUCCUUGGUGCCUUCCUGUGCUGCGUUGCCAGCGUGGCAUCCGAUUUCCUUAGAAAACGUGGCUCCAUGUCCAUCACAAACAACAGGAAGCUCUUCAACACCUUAGGUGGGAUGGUCCCAGGCCUCUUUUUGCUGCUGGUGCCCUUGGCUGGCUGCAAUGGUUUUUGGAACAUGGUGCUGCUUGCCGUGGCAGGUGGCUUUCAUGGAAUGGGACACAGCGGUUUUAUGGCUGCUUUUGUUGACCUCGCACCAGACUUUGCAGGUACCCUUCUGGGAAUAUCCAAUGUCAUCGCCAGCAUUCCGGGAUUUGCCAUACCAGCCAUGCUUGGUGAACUGCUGAAGGAACAGACUCCCCUCGAGGCAUGGGCACUGUUUUACUACAUAGGCAGUGCAAUAGGCAUUAUCACAGCCCUGGAGUUUAUCUUGCUUGGUUCUGCAGAACUUCAGAGUUGGGGAGUUGACAACAAGUUCAAAGUCGUUGCCAAAUACGGCACUGCUCAAGGUUGCCAGCUUGGAGCCGAAGAGAUAGAAGAUGCCAGCCAGCCGCCUCCUGCAAGCUAGUGCUUUUAGCUGUUUUCACAGCAUAAGGUGCAUCUUUCUUUUGUGACACUUGUUAUCAUGCGGUGUAUGUAUCACAUCUUUGCAUUUGCCGAUCGUACGGGAAGCACGCCAGUAAUGGUCAUGCAAUAGGAUGGCAGUGCAGACAUUUUCAGAUUUGUGGGGGAUAUUCUUGCUUUUGCAAGUAGCAAUGCGAGGUCCCUGCGGUGGCAACCACCGUUUUCUGUGUUAGACUUAAAUUAAGGUGUUGUGAAGUGCCCAACAGACGAAAUGUGAUAGCGCACAUACAUGGCCUUUGGUUCAUCCAGAAACCUAUGUCAAUUUAAUUGGCUGCUUCCCAUUGCGGCUAGAAUAGGGUGGACGUUUUGCUUGCCAUAUCCCGGUGUAAUAGUAUUCGCUGCGUCGCAUCAUAUGCCAAACAUAGUGUGAUCUAAUUAUUCCUUUCAUUUGUUGAGCACUGUACUCUUGUGUUAACAAUGCAUGGAGUUUGAUAUACAUGAACACCUGUGCCGCAACGUAUGUAACCACUCGUAGAUAAAAAAGCAGCUUGAGUAGGUUUACUGCGGUUGCUUCGUUGCUAUCUUGUGGUUGAUCAGCUGACACUUCUUGAUGCCAGACGCCAAUUUUUAUCUGAAAGUUGUUUACCUGUCAGCACAUUUUAGCUGACAGAUAGAUUUCUCAGUAUGACGACUCAUCUGCAUAAUUACUUACGCUACAGAUAUUUGUACAUUUAUACCUGUCAUGCAGCUUUUGAAAACUUAUUGUAGCGGCAUGAACUGUGAUAUGCUUACAAGCCAACAGGAACAAAAGGCAUUAUAAUAGAGCUGUACCUUUAUCAAGUCUCUCUUUCCAUACUGGAAUGGCAGCAGUAAGAACUAGGUGGCAGGAAUAGUAUUUGUAAUAAUAUCGAUUUGCUUAAUGGUACAUAAAAAUUUUUUUGCCGCUGUGUGGCCAUCAUUCUGUGUGACAGAUACUGAGGUCGCUCCAUGACUGUGGUGCUUUUUGCUAGUGGACGUUUGUGCUAGUUUUUGUUUUUUAAGUCAUAAUGGUGAAGCACUAGUUUGAGGUUGUCGUGUAAAAGAAUUACUUCAUCAGAGCAGAGGAAAGUGGUCUGUAAUUGAAACAUGCUUUCUGGAGUCCAGCUGCUCGGCAUGUAGUGCUGGUCACACACACCUCUUUCUUUUUUUUUUUAUCUCAGGCUUUCGGUUCAUGCUGAGCGAAAUGACACUUUUCCACAGCUCCCAUUAGCGUUGAACAUAUUUUAAUUGGCUGUAGUCGUUAUGAUGUUUCUUGCCGAAUUGUUUCGUGGUUGCUGCUUUCGAGUAACGUAAACGAGCACUUCACUGAAAUUCCGUGAUGCUUGUUUUAAAAACGAUGCCGUGCUGUGAUGAUGAGAAGGGAAGAAAUACGGAAGAGCAGGAGAGAGAAGUUGCGAGCUAUUUGAAUUCACUAUGGCGUUCUUGACAUUGCUGUAUUUUCUUUCUUCACUGCUGUGUCUUAAGAGUGUGAAUAAUGUACAGUUUGCAUGUUUGUUUUUAUUCAUAUAUUCGUGCACCUAUUGUGCAGCUUCAGGACCAGGGAUGUGUUUGUUUUGUUUGUGUUUAAUGUUAGCUCAAAGCCGCUUCAGAAGUAUAUGGGAGGAGUUGAAUCUUGCUUUGAGAGAAUGGUAUUUUUUCAUAUUGUCAUGGGGUGUGUUUCUAUUGGAGCUUUAAGUUCCACUGGUGGAGAACCGAUACUUAAUCUAAGAGGUGCCUUUCUCUACUUAUGACAGAAAUUUGUAAAGCUUAAAUAGAAUGAGUUGAAACAUAGUUACUGAAACAAAAAAAGGUUUGCAUUGCCAAGUUGUUUGCUCCUUUAAGCCUUUAUGAAUGAUUAAAUGACAAAUUAAGUUCUGAAUUAAAUGUACUGCUACUUUUGUAUAAGGGAUUGAUAGAUGGUUGAAAAUGAUUUAAGUAGUAAACUCCAUGAUUAAUGUCUAAUUCUAUGCAAGCGACACCAACACUCUUGUUAAACACUUGCACUGCUUUGCUUUUGAGCUAAACUUGUGAUUCAGCCAACAUAAUCGAUACUAUAUAUUUAUAUACAGUGACAGUUGUUGAUAGUGGUGCCACUGCCAUAGCCAACAUGAAACCGGUUGUUAGUCAUAUUUAUGCAAAUAUUUAAUGAAAUUUCUUAUCUCAAAGCGACUUGUUGCAUGCAGUUGCAAAUUAUUAUUUUUUAAAUUGUAGUAUAUCGUCAGUUGAAGUGCCAAAUGAAAGUUUGUUAGCCGGAUGUUAAAUUGUAAAAUAUUUUGGUAACAUCUAUUUUGAACUGGCAGCUUUAGUGCCCUGUGGUAUUGAAAUGCAGCAGCAAUAUGACUUUUAUAUAAAUUGCUGCAAUUUAUUGCAAUAAAGUAUUGAAGAGUU